GAACAUAAUUUCCCACAAUUCAAUAUAUACGGUACGUCCGGGUGCAACGAACCUGAAGCAAACUCGCGCGACUGACUUCUAGAUCACCGGAACAGUAGAACAGCCUUGUGGUGAAAGUACUUCAUCCAGUUCAUUUGGAAUCAAGAUCUGGUAAACCUCGAACCACUAGGGUAGACAUUUUGCAGGCCUGUAUCUACCGCCUUCACACACAGCAUCCGCGAACACUACACUCGAGCUCAUACAGUGAAACAUUGCACGAUGCCCAAGUCAAAGGAAGUUCUGUCCUCAAGCUCUGGCAGUGGCAGUGGCAGUGACUCCAACAGUGAAGCUGAGACCAAGUCCAAGAAGAGAAAGCAGGCAGCACCAGAGAAACCAGCAGCUAAGAAACCGAAAGGGGGAGAGAGUUCCAAGCCGGGUGGAACCUCCAAGGGAAGUCGCAACCAGGACAAGGAUGACAACAAGUUCCAGAUUGGGAAGAUGCGGUAUGUGAGCGUUCGUGAAUUCAAAGGUAAAUGUCUGAUCGACAUCCGUGAGUACUGGAUGGAUCAGGAGGGGGAGAUGAAGCCUGGCAGGAAAGGUAUCUCACUGAACCCAGAACAGUGGAACCAGCUAAAAGAUCAGAUCUCUGAGAUAGACGACGCUGUGAAGGCUAUAUAGAAGGGAGGCCUCUGGCUGCCUGGGAUUUACAAUCCACCACCUUACAUUCUGUUUUUGUUCUUAUCUUUACUACUUUUUUUUAUAUAAUCUUAGUGAAACGUUUUUAAAGGAAAAGACCAACAUUUUUAAAGUAAUUACCAAGACAACAUUGUGUAUAUUUUAAGCUAAGUUUCUGUUGAUUUGUGCUGUGUUUUGAAAAACCCAACAUAUGUUAUGUUUGAGUGAUUCUGAUGUAGUGAAAGGUGUGUGUGUGUGUGAGAGAGAUUGGGUUUGCUCUAAUAAGUAAUUAAUAAAAGCCAUUUAAAGGGACAAAA